AUGAGUGGCAGAGACAAUAAGCCUCAUCAAAUUAGUACCACGAUUAGCGAUCAGGAGGAACAACCUGAUUCAAGAAUCGACUCAUCAACAGCAUUCCAAAAACAAUCAAAACGGAACUUAUCAAAAAGAUCAAAGGAAGGCGAUGACUCAUUCGAAGUCGAACAUCGUUUGGUCAACGUGCGUAACCAAUACUUCAACAAUAGUAAUUCUCAUAUAGAAGCAAGCACAACGACAUCUCGCUCCACAGUGAAUGUUACGAAUUCAACAUCUCCUCGUCCGUCAUUUCCACCUUUUCGAAUUACUUUUGCUGCCGAUGAUUCGCCAUCUGAACUAUCAAUUAUUAAAUACACCAACAAGCAUUGUCGCAUCAGCCUUUCUUAUGGCCGUUAUUCAAAAAUGGGACGUAAUAAAAGUUUUCUCUUAUAUGCGAACUCUAGUGAACAAUUUGAUCGAUUAAUGGAUAAAAACAUUUGGCCAAUACAAAUAUGUUCUCUUGAUUUUUCUAUUGAUUUUCCAUCUAAAGUUCCUUCUUGUUAUUCUAUUGUAGCAAUAGGUGUUCCUACUCAAUGGAAUUUAACAGAAUUUCAAUUAGAUAUUAAAAAGCAAUGCCCGACAAUUAUUAAAGUUGAACGUCUUUAUAUUAGAGGUGGUAUACCAAUUUCUAAAGUACGAAUUGGUUUUUCGUCCAAUCAAGAAGUCAACAAAAUUAUCAAGAAUAAAAGAUUGUUAUUAGAUGAUGAUAAUACGUCUUUUGUGAUACAACCAUACUCACCACCACUUAGAAUAUUACGUUGUUUUAAUUGUCAACAAUACAAUGAUCAUAUUGCAGCAAAUUGUCCACAUAAGGACAAUCCCAUUUGUUUUCGUUGUGGUCAAAAUCAUCCAUAUAAUCCACAUUGUAUUAACAAAAUCUGCUGUGCAAAUUGUCAUCAGGACCAUAUGGUGGGCAACCCAAAUUGCCCGAAAAAAAUCGAAGAAAGAAGUAAAUAUCAAAAUAGUAUCUCCACGUCCAUCAACAACAAACCAAAACAAGAUAAUCUUUCUUCCGUUUGGACAACAAAUCAACCUAAACGUAAUACACCUAUUCGUCUAUCCAGUUCAAUUGAAAAUGUUCAAGAAACUUUUGAUAAAAGUGUGAUCUUGGACAUUUCGAAGAAACUUGAUUUACUUAUGACUAAAAUUGAACUUUUUUCAACGGAACAAGUGAAGAUAAAUUCAAGUUUAAAUAACAUGAAUCAACUUAUCAAUUCAUGUUACAAAGAAGUUAAUUUAAUGAAAGAAUUUCCUAUGAACAGUGUUUGUCCAUUUGUAUGUGAACUGAGCGAUGCAUUCCUUGGAAAGAGCAAACAAGUAGAAAAAGAUCGACUACGUCCAUUACUUGUUAAAUUCAAACAAGAUUUCAAAGAAGCAACUAAAUCAACUGUUCUUGAUACACGAUCUAAUGCUAUAUUACCAAAUUCUUCACCAAAUGAAUCCAUCAGCGAGGAUUUUUAA